AUAUCCGUAGCCAGCUCUUACAACCUGUUGGUCUCAGUGUUUUGUCCAGUGUUCAGCAUUGAACUCUGAUCAAGUUUAUAAGGCUGCAGCGCGACAAGUAUCCAUAUUCUUUUAGAGUAUCAUCGUAAGUACUCGUACGUAAUGAAAGGACGCCAUCAGUUUCGCAGACGAUUCAGUUUGCAGCCAUCUUUUCAUAAAGAAGAACCAGAAAAUGACCGGCACCAUCAUACAAGAUCGCAAAGAAGUGAGGACGCGUCGGAUUUGGAGGAGAAGCAUGAUACAAUUGGAUCACUAACGAUAGUGCGUCACAAAAUAGUUGUUCUCGGAGCAGCGAAAGUCGGCAAGUCUUCCCUUAUUAGUCAAUUUUUGUAUGGAACAUUUUCGCCAAAAUAUAAGCGCACUGUUGAGGAAAUGCAUCAAGGUGAUUUUGACGUCUCCGGGGUCCAGUUAACUUUGGAUAUACUUGACACAUCCGGAGCUUAUGAGUUUCCCGCGAUGAGAGCUUUAUCAAUUUCCUCGGCCGACGCAUUUAUUCUUGUUUACGACGUUAACGACGCCCCGACGUUUGAAGAAGUCAGAUCAUUAAGAGAUUUAAUACACGAAACAAAGUGCAGUUCAGCCGUGCCCAUAGUCGUUGUUGGAAAUAAGACGGAUUUAGUCGGCAAUAGGGAGAUGGACACAGCGAUGACGGAAUCGGUUGUAACGGUCGAUUGGGAGAACGGUUUCGUCGAAUGCUCGGCAAAAGACAAUGUUAAUGUUUCGAAAGUGUUCAAAGAGCUUUUAGCGCAAGCGAAGGUAAAAUAUAAUUUAAGUCCAGCGUUACGUAGACGCCGCCGGCAAUCCUUGCCAUCACAAGCCGGUGUUCCACCUUCAUCUUCGCCUCAUCCUGCAAUUCCAUCUGCCGUCCAGCUUCAGCAUCUGCAGCAAAUACGAGACCGUCACGGAAAGCGCAAUUCCUGCAUUCUGUCUUAAUCAAAACGAUUAAUAACGCUAAUAAAAGUUGUACAAUUAGCAAGAAGCGUGUGCAGAGAAACGUCAAAUUUUUAAAUGUUUUUUCCGAAACCUCCUUAAACGCACAAACAAUGCAAUUUGGAGACUUUUUUGUAAGUUUGAACUAGUUUGUAGAUUUGGACACAUCUUUCCAGGAAUAAUGGUUUUAACAAAUUUACUAUCAGCAAUGUGAUAUUACCGUAUUGAAAACCUCACAGUUAUUAUUUAAGAUGUACUCGUAAGUCUGUACCAAUUUUACGUAACACCAAAACAAUGGGGACCCGUGUCUGUAUUUUUAUAUAGGUUUUCUUUUUGGCGUAACGUAUAGCAAUUUAUGAGAUGGAUUAUCCAUCGAAGAUAAGUUGUUUAUCUGCGCACGGGAAAGAUUCUUCCGAUUUUUAAAUGUAGGUUCUCAAAUUACUUGAACGCAUUUCAAAAUAAGUCAAUGUUAAUGCUGUGUCAAUAUUUAGAAAGCAUUUAAAAAUGUCGCGCCUGAAUAAGUAGGCACUACUUCCACUGUCAUAAGAAAGAGAUAAAUGUUUUGAAUUGGUGAUAACAAAUAUUGAACUGAUGAUGUUUGACAAAUCUGUCUAUAGUUCUCGUUUGGGGAUUAACCUGAUUAGUGGAUGUGUAUAGACUUUUUAAGAAAGGCGCACUUAUUUUGCAAUCGCUUCAGGUUAAUGGCCGAUCGACUACUAUGCAUCUAAACUUAUUGUAGGCAACUAUAGUAAUAAGUAGUAGGUAGUUACAUUCAGAAUAGGUAGGUACUAAAAUUAAUAGGUUACCACAUCAAUUACCUUCUCUGCAUGAAUGCAGUGAACAAUAAUAAUUAUAAUGUAAACAUUUAAAAGCAAAAUAAUAAUACAAUUAAAUAAGAAAUAUUUUGAACAGACUGAAUAUGUAGAUUACUUCUCAUUGGAUGUAGAUGAAUCAUGACUGAAAGUAUAAAUAAAGAUUAUAUCAACCCAUUGUCAAUACGUCAUCUACCUCACGUAGAGUAUCCUCCAGUGUAGAGGGAAGAUUUUAGUUUCGAGAACCUGGUAGAACUGAAAUUGAAAAAUUAAGACGCAAUUCGGAUUCUUUUAUAGUAACUCGAUGUAUCUGCAACUGCAGUACGUAAACUCGCCAUAAUUUACAAAAAAUAAAACAAAAACUCCAAUUGAUUAUGGGUGCUUUUGUUUUAUUUUUUGUUACUUACAUCAAAGGCUACAGCAGUUCGAGUUAGGCCAAUAAAGAUAACGGAUGAAUCAGAUGAAUGUAGUGCCUUGUAGCGCACUACAAUGUUUACUUAUUUAUAUUUUUAUAUUCAUCGUUCUGUAAGUCUUGACUUUAAACGCUUAAUUACAAUGUAUUAGAAUGUAUUUGUAAAUAACAGAGUCUCAGAUAUUCUGGAAAUAGAAGAAUCUACUAUUUCUACUAUCGAUUGCAAAGAUUUCUUUGUGGAUUGUUGCUAUUAAACUCGUCCUAUUAGUAAAGUAACCUAUUAACUUUAAGAAUCUUAGUGCAUACCAUAACACAAUAAGACGUGAUAGGCCUUAUAGUUAGGUAUAUGUAAUUAUGAGGAAGUUGACCUGACCUCACUACGCUAAAGAUAUAUUUUUGAUUGUUCAGAACAUUAAAAAAAGUGGAGUAGGUAAUCGCAUCAACAUCGCCAUCAGUCUAUUAACGUCAACCUGUCCAAGCAAAAAUAGGAUUUGUGUUUAAAAUUAUUGUACAUUUAUGUAAAUGUGUUUGUGUAUGAACACUUCAAUAAUUUUCUGCUUUAUUUGGUCCAGUGUAGGGCGAAAAUUGUACAUCGGUUACUUGCAUAUGAUACAUGUUUUCAUUAGGUAUAUCAUGGGUUACUUGUGCUGUCUUUGUCCAUGACCUAACUAAAAUUAUUUUAGACGGUAGCAAUAUGACAUGCAAAUUUGACUUUGGUUAUUAUAGUUGAAGUUGAAUUAUAGUUUGUAGCCUGUUUUUGAACACCUGUAUACACGCCUCACCUCCUUUUAUAUUGUUUUAUGGUAUACACU